UCCGUAGCAUCAAGAGUCGCUUCAAGAGAACACGGAAAAAGUUGAUGCGCGGAUGUGAUGGUUUUAAGAACGUCCCCCUUUUUUCAAGAAGUCACAUGUAGACAAAGCUCCUACCCGUGAAGCAUACCAACAUGUCGAGUCUUAAACAAUCUUUGCACUUCGGCUUGGAGUUUGUCGCCUUUCUGGGAGACCGAAUGAACGGCAUCAAUAAAGACGAGCUUCGGUGGAUCUACAAUAACGACUUUAAGGAGCGGGAUGGAAUAAAGCGCCCUGGUUUUUCCAAAAUCUACUACGCUCUGCGGGAAUACAACAAAAUCUGCAUAGUGAACGGGGACGUCUACCUAAGUUCCAGAGCUGUGGUUCACUUUUAUUCCAACCAGUGGAGAAGGCCUCGAGUAAGACAACCUAACCCGGGCAGGUGCGAGCGUCAGACGGCAAUACUGGCGCUCAACGCGAGGGACCCAAAGAGACUGUGUGCAGAAAUCCUCCAGAGGAUGAGGGUGAACAGAAAGGAGAUGUUAGCCGACAAAGGUGGCGUCAUAAUCACCUCAAACCCCAUGGCGAUCAGUGGAAAGGUUCAAGUCUCGAAGAAGCCCCUCGUUGUCAGCUUUCACAUCGUCAACAGAAGCCCAAACUGCAUCAACUUCACCUUCUACCACGCCAUCAGCAGGAUUCGUUGCUUCAGCCUCGAAGAUGAGAGGAGGGUGUCCAGAGUCAACCCCGUGUUCCUCUAUUCUGAGGAGAGUUACGAUGUGGUGGUUCGCUGCAAACUCGAUGAGUACGGUUACUUCCCCGCUACGGUGUUCUUUGAGUUCCAGCCGGACGUGCCAGAGGCCACUCCUUUCUACAUCGUCAGGGAGAUAGAGGUUUCUGUGGAGCCCUCCCUGGAAUCAGUGCCCGGGCCAGUAGCCCCCUAUAAGCCUUUCAAGAAGGCUGCUCGCACGCCUGUCGCUAGAGUGGUUGUAGAUGGAGUGCCUCCAGUCUACUCUGGUUCUCAGCGCAUGCCGGCCAAAGUGAAAUUAGGAGAAUACACUUACCCCCGCUACCUGAAGAAACUGGUAAAACACAAGAUGGAGGACUCUGAGGUCCUCUCCUCAGAUGACAAACGGAGGCUCGCAUCAGUGAAAAAUCUUCUUGAUUCUUCCUUGGAUAUGGAAAACUACUCCAAGCGAUUCCACCUCCUGCUGCACUUGGAGGAGCUGCAGAUGGAGGUGGACAUCCGGAAGUACGACCUCCACGGUCAAACCAUGACUCUGGACAAACGCAACAGUAAAUUUCUCAUACUCGAAGUCCCUGGACUUGCUGAGAACCGUCCAUCUGUUCUUAGAGGAGACUGUGUGACAGUGAGCAGAUCUGAGGACGCCGGCUCUGAGAUCACCGUUUACAAAGGAUAUGUUCACAAAAUAGAGCUAAACAAGCUCAUGCUUGGCUUCUGUGACGAGUUUGUGGCGAACUUCAUCAGUAAUAUGAAGUUCGAUGUGGAGUUCACGCUCAACAGGCUGACUCUGAAGCUACAGCAUCGGGCGGUCGACAUGGCAACCAAAGCAAAUCCACUCUUGGACGUCCUGUUUCCGUCUGCUGCAGCAAAGUCGAGUUGUUCUUUGCCUGAACUUAGCAUGUUCAACCGUGGUCUGGAGGACAACCCAGAGCAAUGUAAGGCAGUCCAGCACAUUGUUGCAGGAUCAUCACAGCCGGCUCCGUAUGUUGUGUUUGGGCCUCCUGGAACUGGAAAGACGGUCACCCUGGUUGAAGCUAUAAAGCAGAUCCUAAAGCUGAAUUCAUCUGCCCACAUCCUCGCCUGUGCGCCCUCAAACAGUGCAUGUGACGUGCUGUGUGAGAGGCUGCUGGAUUCCUUCUGCUCCUACCAGGUGUAUCGCAUGAAUGCUCAAAGCCGAGACCCAGCCAGUGUCCCCGAAACCCUCCGGAAAAACUGCAAUCUGGAUGAGAAGCUGGGCUGCUUUUAUUUUCGAGACACCGAAUUCCUAAUGAAGUUCAGAGUCAUUGUUACAACUCUGUACACAGCUGGCAGGCUGGUAACAGGUGGAGUCCCAGUCAACCAUUUCUCCCACGUGUUUGUGGAUGAAGCCGGUCAAGCUCUGGAGCCGGAGACGGUUAUUGCCAUUGCAGGCCUGCUCAGUCCACAGGAGGGUCAGUUGGUUCUGGCAGGAGAUCCUAAACAGCUGGGGCCGAUAGUUCAGUCCCCGAUUGCCUUAAAGCAUCAGUUUGGACUGUCUUUGUUAGAACGGCUGAUGGAGUUCAACGACUUGUACAAAACUUCUGACCCUCGCUUCGUCACCAAACUGCAGAAAAACUACAGAUCUCACGAGGCCAUUCUGAAAAUCCCCAACGAGGAGUUCUAUGAUGGUAAACUGCAAGUGUGUGCUGAUGAGAUGAAGCGGGAAGCCUUCUGCAGAUGGGACGGUCUUUGCACUAAGGGUUUCCCGGUGAUCUUCCAUGGAGUGAUGGGCAAAGAUGGAAGAGAGCAGAACAGUCCUUCGUUCUUCAACUUAACUGAGAUUGAAGUCCUGUUGACGUACCUGAAACGGCUGCUGGAAGACCAGGGAAAGAAGGGUCUGCCUCGGAUUUCCGCUGAAGACAUUGGCAUCAUCGCCCCCUACAGGAAGCAGGUUGAAAAAAUCCGACUGGCUCUGAAGAAGGACAGAUUGCUGAGCCAAAAGCUGAAUCUUACGGGUCUUAAGGUGGGGUCUGUGGAGGAGUUUCAAGGACAAGAGAAGAAAAUCAUCAUGAUCUCUACAGUUCGCAGUUCCACCAACUACGUCAAGAUGGACCAAGACUUCAACAUCGGGUUCCUGUCAAAUGAAAAGAGGUUCAACGUGGCCAUAACAAGAGCCAAGUCCCUGCUCAUAGUCGUGGGGAAUCCUUUGAUCCUCAGAACCAAUCCAGUCUGGGAAAAGUUCAUUAACUACUGUUUGGACAAGAAGGGCUACACUGGGUUUCCAUUAGAAAAAACAGACAAUGAGGACGCCUUUGUGCUAAUGAUGGCAGCCCUGAGAAUCAUGGACACUGAAUGUUAGAGCAGCUGUUGGUCUCAGAUUUCGCAGAGGAAAAGAUCCAGUACCUUGGGUGGAACUGCAAAUUUCUUUUUUACAUAUUGCUGGAAACUAUGCUUAGCCACAUCCACCAGGUGGCAGCAUUUCUACUUUUUUAUUGUUUCUCAACAUGUAUCAAGUAUUUUUAAAUAUAUAUAUAUAUAUUUUUAGAAAAAAAAAUGGAAAUGAAUACAACUGAAGAUUGAUGCAUUUAUAUCAAAAUCCAAUCAGACAUUUAAUUUUCCUAAAUAUUUUAACCUUCUGCUCUUUUUAAACUGCAUUAUGACACAAACAAGAUUCUUAAAGCACAAAUAAAGGAUGAAAUAUUCUCUAAA